CGCCCCAGUUCCUUCCUCUGCGUGAUAAGAGGCAUCAACAUUUAAUUUCAAACAUCCCCCAGCUGGUUUUACCCAUUUCUCCUUUACAACACUGGUCACCUUCGCAGAAACUUUAGCGGAGACCCGGAGAGUCAACCUUCCGCCCCAGAUUCAUCUGUCCCUGCUCUACCCAUCAAAGGAAAAAAAAAAUCUAUCCCUGUUCUGUUCUGUAUUGCACGGGCGUAUCGUAUCCCCAGCAUCUUCGAUUCGAUUCAGGCUCUGCCCACGCCCAGCGCUGCAGAUUCAGAUGCUCCCAAUUUUUAUCCCAACUUUGGAGCAGAGAGGGCCAUCAUCCCAGCUGUUUGCAAGACUGGCUCGCAUAAGAGGGGGGGUGAUAAGGUAAACGGACCGCCGCCCAUAUCCGAGUGAUAUCUUUAUAGGAGUAAGAAAAAUGGGCAUCGAAACCAGUAAGCAUGCCAAUGCUUUCCUGCCAAACACUAUGGAUUUCGGUGAACUAGAGAACAUGCUACAAGAGCCAAGUGCCACACCAGUUUGCCUGCCGGUAGAGUUUCUGAAAGGCAUCACACGCGAUUUUUCCGUGGAGCAGGAACUGGGAAGAGGUGGGUUUGGUGUGGUUUACAAGGUUGGACAGGGGAUACUUCAAAACGGGAAAAUGAUUGCCGUGAAGAAGCUUUUCGACAUACAAGUAGAGGAUGAUCAAUUCCAGAACGAGGUCACCUACCUUAUUGGGGUUAAGCACCAAAACGUAGUACAGCUUGUAGGCUACUGCGCCGAAUCACGGUGGGAAGCGGCACAAGUAGGCGGGAGAUAUGUCAUGGCUGAGAUACGGAGCAGAUUGCUCUGCUUCGAGUAUCUAAACAACAACAGCCUUGCUAAGCAUAUUUCUGCUGAAUCUUGUGGACUUGAGUGGCACAUAAGAUGUAACAUAAUUAAGGGGGUUUGCAGCGGCUUGCAUUGCCUUCACGCGGAGUGCCGCAUUGUUCAUUUGGAUCUUAAGCCCCAAAAUAUAUUGCUGGAUGAUAAUAUGGUCCCCAAGCUUGCAGAUUUUGGCAUGUCUAGGCUCUUUGGUCAACAAGAGUCUCGAGUUAUCACCGAAAGCCGUGGGGGUACACUUGGAUACAUGGCACCAGAGUACAUAACAAAUGGAGUAAUCUCAACCAAGUCAGAUAUAUUCAGUUUGGGCAUUAUAAUCAUUGAGCUAAUGACGGGAAGCAGAGAAUAUCCCCAUAGUAGUGAAGCACUGUCUGAGCACUUCAUUGAGAAUGUGGUUGGAAAUUGGAGGCACAUAUUGGAAAAAACAAUGGGGCAUAAAACGCAGGAAAUAUGUUCCCAACAAGUAAACAGAUGCAUUGCAUUAGGACUUAAGUGUCUUAAUCCAGAUCCCGAUGAAAGGCCCUCUGCAUGGGAUAUGUUGCAAACUCUGAAUGAAUUGGAAAGCACAAAUGGUUGUUUUGACAAGAAUGAUGGACCAGCAGUAGUAACUUACGAAUCAGAAGUAGACACAAUUUUAGGGCGGGGCGAUGUAAAUUCCAGCAAUUUAGCCGCAAAAUUCGACAGGAUAUUGAGUAGAGCAUUCGCCCCAGGUUCUGCAAAUAUGAGCGCCGUUUUCCGCUCUGCUCCCAAAGGAAGAAGGAUAUUGAUCCAAGCUUUUGAGGUUGCCAACACAAUUGUCAUGGCCUCUAAUCUGAUAAAAUCCCUCUCUAAGCAAAGAAUAAGGCACCUGAAAGAGGGCGUGCUUAGGUCGGAAGGUGUUCGCUGUCUUAUUUUGGAAGAUUACAGUCAGCUGUCCCUUAUCAUUGAAGACGACAUACGAGAAGAGUUGAGACGAUUUUGUAUAGAGGUUGCCCGGUUUGGAGAUCUGUGUGAAGAUCCUCAAUGGCACAAUCUCGAUAGGUAUUUCUGUAGAUGCGGUUCUGCACUGACAGUGACAUCUAAGAACAACUCCAGUGAAGAAGCACCUCCCAGUUUGCAGUAUCUGAUAAAAUUGGCACAAAAUACAUGGGUUCUGCGCCAAGAAAUGCUAGCACUGGACAGACUUGAGCACGCUCAUUAUUUAGCAGCUGUUCCUGUUAAGAAACAAAUUGAUGCUAUCAAGAGCCAAAGGGGUGCGGUGAAGGUCUUAAAAAGGAAAUCGCUAUGGUCAAAGAUUAUGGAAGAUAUUGUAGAGAAACUUGUAGGGAUCGUGGACUUCAUCCAUCUUGAGAUCAACAGAGCUUUCUUGGAGAACCAUGCCGAGCAAUCAUCUGGAGAACUUCGUGUGGCUAAAAACCUCGCCAGAACGUUAGGGCCUGCUGGACUCGCGUUGCAUUACGCCAAUGUCAUUUUGCAGCUAAAAACUUUGGCAUUGACAUCACCAGCGGUUCCUCAGAAUGCUCGGGAGGCAUUGUACCAAGCACUGCCUCCUAGGAUCAAACCAGUCCUGCAUACCCAACUGCGGCGGCGUUUUCCCCUCAGAGAAAAGCAGACCAUGACGGUUGCAGAGGUGAGAGCUGAAAUGGACAGGGUAUUGCGAUGGCUUGUGCCAGCUGCGGAAUCCACGAGGCUUUACCUCGGAGAAUGGGCGAGGAGAGGGUACGCACCCUGUAAAUCUGUAAUCGUCCGACCGCUCGUCUCGUUUCUGUGUUUGCUCAUGCAACAGACGUAUAAACUGCAAUUCUCUGGCAGGCUGUCCCAUUUCUCAUGAAUCAAUCUCUUUUACAGGAUGGAGUGUGUCGAUGCCGACGAAGCGAACUGGUUCAAACAAGACAGUCAUAUCAGCGUCAGUUCCAUGCUUGCUCAUGCAGACGCCAAAGUGAGCAAGGUAGAGACGCUGUACUACGCCGACAAGGAGACGACCGAAGGUUACAUAGCGGAGCUUGUUCUGGCUCUUCAUCUUCUUGUUUCGCCUACUGUCGAGAAAUAAUGAGUCCAAGAUGAAGGCACUGAUGAAAAAUUGAUAUCAAUAUGAGCACAACUUGAAGCCUCUACAUUAACUUAUCCAAUCUAUGCUGUCGAAGCAAUGAGGGGAUAAGGCAGCCCCGGAUGCCUGAUUUUUCGGUUUCGGCCUCUUCAGAUGCGUCAAACAGUUGUAACGCCGAGGGAGAUGAGACGAUUCUUGUGAAGUUUCAGUUUUUAAGCAGGCUCUCGGUUGUCUCUGAGACUUAUCCAAGAACUCUGUUCGCUCGGUCUUGUGUAUAAUCGGCAACUAAAUGGUAACCUCAUCCUCACAUUUGUGCAGUUUGGUUCUCUACAUCUGCCUACAUAUUUUGUUUUAGAUUUUUAACACUCUUCUAUACACAAACUUUAUCUGUUAUUUGUGAUCUAUUGUACUAUAAAAAAAAUACUAUGACAAAUAAA